CGCGCUGCGCACCCUCGCCCUGCGCGCCGCGCCUCCCCGCGCUGACCGCCGCGCGUACCUGUGCACGCUGAAAGCGAGCUCCGCGGGGACGCCGCGUGGCGGAGCCUCGCCCCGGUGCGUGUUUUCCGAGCACCGCAAUGGCGACGCCAGGAAGCGCGCCUUGGUUCGUCGUGUCUCCUCUCCUCCUAAAGACUGCGGGAGCUGGGCGCGGGCUGUGCUGCCGUGACUGUCGCGGCGUCCUCGCAGGCCUUUUCCCCGGCGCCCAGGCACGGGCGAAGGCCCUGCGCAGGCCUUGGCUUCCAGCCCCGGCGCGCCGCGGCGGGGGUCCGGGUGCGUUUGUGUAGCUGCGCUCGUUCCAGAGUGGCACUGCGUUUAGAGCGCUCGUUUAGAGGGGAGCAGGUGAAUGCGCUCCUCAGAAAGAACCCGCGCUGCCUAGGAAGCCUCUGUGACAGAUCGGAAAGUGUGGAGCUCUCGUACUCUCCACGCGGCUCGUUAAUGCUUUCCCAAAACACACUGUUUCCUCCUGUCAGCGCCAGCAUUGUUUUUCAGUUCUCAUUUUAUUUAUGUUGUUGCUGGUGGGUAAUUUUGCGGAAGAGUGAUACAAACUAUGAAAGCACUAACUGAAAAAAAGAAGAGUCCUACCUGCUUUACAACUAAACCAUCAGCAGAGAAAAGAGUCCAAAUAUCAACUUCCAGGACAGCAAAGAAAAUGGAAAAAGAAUAUCUGCAAAACAAAUAGCAUAAUCUAUAUUAAAUCAAUUUGUGUUAUUUUCUAAUAGUUAUGGGUCAAACAAUGAUAUAGUCGCUUUUCAUUUAUUUGGGCUAAACGUGGAAAUCUCUAAACCCAAUGAACCUUGGCAAGCAUGCAUCAGAACAACAGUGGAAACAUACACGAGUUCUUUUCACAAAUCUGUUAUCCAGCCACAAAACACUCCGCAGUUUUGCCAACGGUGAACUGAAAUCAGCAGAGAUACAGGAGGGUGAUACAGCUGUGCUCAGGAGGAUGCCUAGGGGAAGGAGAGCAGAGAGCUUACACUGACUCAUGGACUAGGCCAUGCGGCGACACCAGCUUAAAAAUGAGGAGACGCAGUCAACCAAACGGAGACGCCUGACCUGUUACUCCGGCACCCUCACCACCACCAGCACGAAGGGAGAACGCAAAGCCGAGACACAGCUGUCACACAGGAAAGGACUAAGCCCAGUUCUCAGCCCCACCAGCAUCACAGAGUCAGGGCUUGAGCAGCUUGGAGGAGACAAACUGCAGCUUUCAAAAGCCGGCACUGUCAGAGGACCGGCACACAGUCCCUCCCUGCUACGCAGAGCAGGGCCCUGCUUGCCACAGUGGCUCCGUGGGGACCCCAGGCGCAGCCACAGGCUCUUCUGCCCCAAACGCUCUGGGAAAUCUUCCUCUUCCUCCUGUUCGUGUUACUCAGCCGUGGCAUGGAGAAAGCAGGGCUGUGCUCUGGCUCCGGGAAGCACAAGUUACCUCUGCAGUGUCCUGGGAAGGAUUGGUUGCCUUAGGAAACUGUCUGUAUGGUGCUCCAGAUCAUUUCAGAUGAAACCGUCUCCAGGAAGCAGCCACACGAAGAUCUUCAGGAGGCAGAGGCAGGAAGCAGCAGAAAUGGAGCAUCGUGGGGAACAGCCUUUGAGCAGCAGGAAUCUGGGUGAACCAGGAGGGAGGGCUGCCUUUCUGCACGUCAUCCUUACAGAGCCAGUUGACUUCCAAAACUCCUCAAAUGUGAACUGUUGUUGGAAACAAAGGAGCAAGCAACAUUUAAAAGAAAUUCCCCAACCUGAAAAUGAAAGAUACUUGAAGAAUAUACCAAAUAAUUGGGAAGAAGCACAAAAUUGGUCAUUCUUACUCUUACAAUGUCCUUUCCUUUUGUCCUUACAACUCAAAGUAAAUUUCAAAUAAUAUUUUUACAACGGCCAAAACUUCAGAACCGAAGUCUCACCAGUUUAACAACAUGGCCACAACCUACAUUUAAUUAUUUUAAUGACACAGACUCUUCACCCUGAACCAAGACCUGACAGCUGCUGGCCCGGGAGGAGCCAGCUGGAGGCACCCGGCCUCGUUUCCCAGCACUCAGGCCGGCUGGGAUCUGGUCCUCAGCCCGAUGCUUGCUCAGGAGUCGCCGCCUCUGUCCCUUCCUCCUGGCCAUGCGUCCCUCAGCAUCCGGAUUUGGUGACAUUUGCCUUCAACUCUUUGACUCUUGGUCCUCAGCUUUCCCAGCCCCACUCAGAGCCAAGAAGAGAUUCCUCUGUGCUGACCAAACUUGUCCGAAGAUCUCCUUUAGGGUCUGGAAAUCCACAGUGCUCUAGUCGUGCUCUAGGUAGUGGAAUUGUUGGUCAUUCUUACUCUUCUUCCUUGUGCUAAUUUUUCCCUAAUAAACACAAGAAAAGAAUAACAUA